AACUUUGCCAACCAGACAGACUGUCAAAUGACCAAAUUGUCUUUUGGGUGUAAAAAUACAAUUUGUAAGUUUGUAAAAUAUGUUGUAAAAUAAAACACUGUUAUCCAUCUAUCUAUUGCCUGUGCAUAGAUAGAUUUUAGUUGCCAUAUAACUUAGCUUUGGAAAUCUCAAACAUGCUUUAUUUUAUUUAUCACAGAGGUGACCUAGACAAUGCUGAAUAUGAAGAAUCUAAAGCUGAUACACUAGAACAACUAGAAGAGCUAAAUGUAACUUUGAAGAAACAUUUAGCGGGAGAUAUGACAUUGGUUGACCAUUUAAGCUCAAUGCAGCUGGCUACUCAAGCUGCCAUAAGUAAAGCAUUCCAAACGCCGGCUGUUAUACGAAUGUUUGCCCGUAGAGAGCCAUUACAGCUGCGUGAGCGUCUGCAUGUGAUAGAACGUGACCUAAAACUUGGGAAAAUGUCAGCUAAAGCAGCAAACUCAGAAAAGAUGGAGAUUUUAACUGCUUUACGACAACUUGGAGAAAAACUGUCUUCUUCCGAGUUACAGUUUCUGACAGACCAAACUGAUAGCCCACAUUCCAAGGGAAAGAACUUCAGGUUUGAACAAGUCACUGAAGAUUCAGGUGUUGGAGAAAGUGCUGCCCUAGACCUAGCGUCUGAAGAUGUCCUUGCAACUCACAGGGUGUGAUAUGUAUGUGUGUGGUUUUCAUUAUGAGUGAAACUAAUGUUUUGUACCAGUGUCUUGAUUUGUAAAUUAACAUACAGUAUAUAAAUUAUUUAUCUUA